AUGUUGAAAUCAAUAUCCUUACUCUUCUUUCUCCUUUCAGCCGGCUCUGCAGGUGUCAUUGAGCCCCGCGAUGGUAAACUUUUCCUGUCAACGUUUGAUGACUACCAGGUCCCCGACGAGCGUGCGAAUAGAGUCGAUCAGUCCAUUGGUAUUGUCAAUGGAGUUGACUUUACGAAUAUGAACUACCUCCGUCCUGUUGCAAAUGGAAUCAACAAUACUUACGCGGCACCCUCUUCUCCCAACGUGGCCGCCGUCUCCAGUGAUUUUCAGGCCUACAUAACGGUCAACUAUGAAGGCAGUACGCUAGCUGCAUUAGAUUUUCAGAUCUUCCGAUGGGGUUGUGUGGUUGGGGAUCGCAUCAAUCAAAGCGACGAUCCAAUAGAGGUAACCGGGAUAUAUCCUGGGUGUACCUUGACUCUCACGGCAUUCAAAGGGGCCAAUCAGGUUGCCCAACAAACAUUCCGUUCCACGACGACUCGGCAAACGUGUUCAAACUGCACUACCGUGUCCUUGAUAUCAUCUUUCAUAUCAAAUCAAAACUUCAGAAAGGCCGACACUAUUACCUUCAGAGCUACAUUUCCAAAUCCUGUGGGCGAUCAGCAAUCGACCGCUUUCUAUCUCGACGACCUUCACAUGACAAUAUAUCCAAAGGUUUAA